AUGUCUAAACGCACAGCAGAUCUCGAGGAAGAUCAAUCCUCCGCUCUAAAAGCUGGACAGCGACCUCUGUCAGAUGCCCCACCUGACGAAGUCGGAGAGUUCGAAGACGAAUUUGAGGAUGAAUUUGAGAGUGAAGACGAGAUACUAGAGGCGGGAGUGGAUGGUCGACCAGAUGAGGAGAGGGAGGCUGAGGAGAGAGAUGCGAUGGACGUCGAUAAAGAGACUUUUAUACCUGGCAGGACGAAACUAGCACCAGGCGAAACAUUAGCACCGGAUCCUUCGACAUAUGAUAUGCUGCACACCCUCAGUACACCGUGGCCGUGCCUGUCGUUCGAUAUUGUUCGUGAUAAUCUAGGAGAUAACCGAAAGACGUUCCCGGCGACCGUCUAUGCUGUCGCUGGCACCCAAGCCGAAACACCUCGUGCAAAGGAUAAUGAGCUUAUGGUGCUCAAGCUGUCAUCACUCGGUCGUAUGGAACGAGAGAACGAAACCGACUCGGAAAGUGAUUCAGAUUCAGACGAUGAGGGAUCGUCAGAUCCAAUACUUGAGUCUAAGGCGAUACCCCUAGGAUCAACAACAAAUCGAAUUCGAGCACAUCAGACUCCUAAUACUUCGGGUGAUUAUACGAGACCUCCACAGACAAUCACUGCGACAAUGCUGGAAAACUCUCAGGUGGUGAUACAUGAUGUUACGCAGCAUUUGGCAAGCUUCGACGUUCCGGGUACUAUUCUUCCUCCUUCGGCGUCGAAGCCUAUCUCGACUCUGCGCAUGCACAAAUCAGAGGGAUAUGCGUUGGACUGGUCGCCUUUACAACCACUGGGAAAAUUACUUACGGGUGAUAACGAUGGACUUAUCUAUGUCACGACGAGAACGGAAGGAGGCGGGUGGGUUACAGAUUCCAGGCCAUUUCUAGGACACACUUCCUCCGUCGAGGAGUUACAAUGGUCACCCAACGAAAAGAACGUGUUUGCAUCUGCCAGCAGUGACGGUUCGGUGAAGGUUUGGGAUGUGCGAUCAAAGUCUCGCAAGCCAGCUGUAGACGUCAAAAUCUCCAACACGGAUGUCAAUGUCAUGAGCUGGUCAAAUCAGACUUUCCAUUUACUAGCAACGGGUGAUGAUGCCGGUCAAUGGGGCGUCUGGGAUCUUCGACAAUGGAAACCUGGUUCUUCCCAAUCCAGACCAUCGCCAGUUGCUUCGUUCGACUUCCACAGAGAACCGAUCACGAGCAUAGAAUGGCACCCGACUGACGAUAGUGUUGUCGCUGUGGCUUCGGCAGACAGCACACUUACCCUAUGGGACUUGGCUGUCGAGCUCGAUGUCGAGGAGAGUCGCGAUGCCGGAAUGAGCGAUAUUCCACCUCAAUUACUUUUUGUGCACUAUAUGGAUUCUGUCAAGGAGCUGCAUUGGCAAGCCCAGAUGCCUGGAACAGUGAUGGCUACGGGAGCCAGUGGUUUUGGUGUUUUCAAGACCAUCAGCGUUUAG